GUUACACCUCUCAUUCAUUAUCCCACCAAAACCGUGACCCAUACGACCACGACCCGAAAUGGGCCAAAUCACCCGCCCCAUGACCCACCCACACUCAUUCAUUACCAAAAUUCAACACACAUCCUCUCCCAACCGUAAUCUUCUUUCCACCAUAUCACUAUCCCUACUGCGAUAUCGAGCACUCUACACUCGAGCCUCCGUCGGAAGGCUAAAAAAAAUGUCGGCUUCCGUCCAGCUUCCACCCCUCCCACUACUACUCAUCACCACCAUCAUCACCGCUCUCUUCUCCUCAACCACCGCCGCGGCCGCGGCUCCGACCCGGUAUCAUCCUUUCAAGAAGAUCUACGCCUUCGGGGACUCCUUCACCGACACAGGCAACACGAGGCCGCCGUCGUCGGUGGGCCCCGGCGGCGGGGGCGGCGGGUUCUUCGGCCACGUGUCCAGCCCGCCCUACGGCUCCACCUACUUCCACCGCCCGACCAACCGCUACUCCGACGGCCGCCUCGUCAUCGACUUCGUCGCCCAGUCCCUCUCCCUCCCGCUCCUCCCUCCCUACCGCUCGCUGCGGGGGGCCAGGAACAACGGCGGCGGCGCCAACUUCGCCGUCGGUGGGGCGACGGCGAUCAAACACGCUUUCUUCGUGAAGAACAACCUCACGCUGGACAACACCCCCGUCUCCAUCCAGACCCAGCUCCAAUGGUUCGACGAGUCCCUCAGGAGCCAGGGUUGCGACGGAAAUACGUCGACGGCGGCAACGGCGGCGUGCGCGGCGGCGGUGGAGGAUGCUCUGUUCUGGGUCGGGGAGAUUGGGGUGAAUGACUACGCCUAUACUCUUGGAUCGGAAGUCUCGGGCAAAACUAUCCGGAGACUUUCCAUUGCCACCGUUACCAACUUCUUGGAGCAGGGCCUGCUGAAGAGGGGGGCGAAGAAGAUGGUGGUACAGGGUCUCCCGCCGGCGGGAUGCCUAACCCUAGCCAUGUACCUAUCGCCGGACGACGACCGCGACGAAUUGGGCUGCGUCAAGACCGUCAACAACCAGGCCCAGGUCCACAACUCCGUCUACCGGUCCAAGCUAAACGGGCUGAGGGCCCGCUACCCGAAAGCCUCAAUUGUCUAUCUCGACUACUGGAGCGCCUACAGGGCGGUGGUUCGGAGCCCCGGGAAGUACCGGAUGAAGGAGAAAUUCAAGGCCUGCUGCGGGUCGGGCGACCCGCCGUACAACUUCAACGUCUUCGCCACCUGCGGGAGUCCCGGUGCGUCCGCCGCCGCCGCCGCCUGCCCCGACCCGAGCCGGUACGUCAAUUGGGACGGGGUUCACCUCACGGAAGGGAUGUACAGAGUGCUGGCGGAUUUGUUCGUCAAUGGCAGUUUCAGCACCCCGCGGUUUGCUACCCUGCUCGCUUAAUUGAGAGGAACGAUGGUAAUAAUGAUGAUUUAGUCUGUGUUUAAUUUUGAUUGGUUGAUUGCAAAUGUUGAGGAAGAGAUGUGGUGGAAAGAAUGGGAACUUCAUUGAUUAUAUAUAGAAAGGAACAUCUUGAUUACAAUGUGACAGUACAUAUCGAUUUACAAAGAGUAGCUUGAAUGAAGCAGCUAGAGGCAUAGAAAGAAGCCAUACCCUUAAUUUGGUUUUCAGGAGAUAAAUAGCUACGCAAAGUACUUCACAAAGGAUUAUUUUUUGGUCUAAACUCUCCCGAACAACGGGUCGGGCCCAGCGCUAGUACCCAUUAC